CUUUCAAACCCUUUUAGGAGCCGGUUCCAAUUGGACCGAGCGCCCCCCGCCUCUCUUCAGGAAAGUCGUUAUUAUGCUGAUCGAUGCCUUGAGAGAUGAUUUUGUGUUUGGGUCAAAAGGUGUGAAAUUUAUGCCCUACACCACUUCCCUUGUGGAAAAAGGUGCAGCUCACAGUUUUGUGGCUGAAGCAAAGCCGCCUACAGUUACCAUGCCUCGAAUCAAGGCAUUGAUGACGGGGAGCCUCCCCGGCUUCGUGGAUGUCGUCAGAAACCUCAACUCCCCCGCACUGCUGGAGGACAAUGUCGUCACACAGGCAAAAGCCGCUGGGAAAAGAAUCAUCUUCUAUGGAGACGAAACAUGGGUGAAGUUAUUCCCAAAGCACUUUGUGGAAUAUGAUGGAACAACCUCAUUUUUUGUGUCAGAUUAUACAGAGGUGGACAAUAACGUGACGAGGCACUUGGAUAAAGUGUUGAAAAGGGGGGACUGGGACGUGCUGAUCCUCCAUUACCUGGGGCUGGACCACAUCGGCCACAUUUCCGGGCCCAGCAGUCCCCUGAUUGGGCGCAAGCUCAGCGAGAUGGACAGCAUCCUGAUGAGAAUCCACACCUCGCUGCUGUCAGAGGAGAGGGAGGCCCUCUCGCCCAGCCUGCUGGUUCUCUGUGGCGACCACGGCAUGUCCGAGAGUGGGGGGCACGGGGCCUCCUCCCUGGAGGAAGUGAACACCGCGCUGCUCCUCACCAGCUCUGCAUUCGAGAGGAAGCCCGGUGAAGUCAGGCCCCCAGAGCGUGUGCAGCAGACCGACCUGGCUGCCACCCUGGCGGUGGGGCUCGGCCUGCCUAUCCCACAGCACAGUGUGGGCCGCUUCCUGUUCCCCGUCGUGCAGGGCAGAGCCCUGCGGGAACAGCUGAGGCUCCUACACUUGAAUGCAGUGCAGCUCAGCAGGCUGUUGCAAGUGCGCGUCCCGGGGUACAAGAGAGAGCACGGAUUCGAACAGUUUAAAAUAUCAGAAAGGCUGCACGGAAACUGGGUCAGACUGUACUUAGAGGAAAAUAACGCAGAAAUCCUUCUCAACAUGGGAGCCAAGGCCCGCAAGCAGUACCUGUACACCCUGAAGGCCCUGAGCCAGGCCUUGAGCAGCCAGGAGGCCCAGUACGACAUCUACUCGAUGGUGGUGGGGACCGUCGUGGUUCUGGAGGUCCUCGCCCUGCUCCUGCUCAGCGUCCCGCAGGCCCUGGGUGCCACGGCGAAGCUGGAGGUCCCCCUGUCGCCCGUGUGUUCUCUGCUCUUCUACGUGAUGUUCCUGCUUCUCUGGGCCAUGCACAUGGUCGUGUGCACCUCGACUGAGAGCUCCUGCUACCUGUGCAGCCUCGCGUGGCCCAUGGCGGGCGGGGUGCUGGCGCUGGUCUCCGCGCUGCUCUGUGGGGUCUUGUCCACUCUGACCAGGAUGUGUUUGCGUGGAAAGCUUCUGAGGAGGGUAAGGCUGGCUCCCGCAGAUGGGACACAUCUCUUUGUCUCUGACCACCAAGCCGAACUCUCCGUCCUUGCUGCCCUUUCCCUCCUCGCCAUCUUCGCGCUGGUUCAGAGCAGGUGCUCCUCGGUGGCCAAGGGGGCCCUGGCGCUUGGCCUGCUGGGUGUCUACUGCUACAGGGCAGCCACUGGCCACGUGCUGUCCCCAUGGCAACAAGACAACAAGGACGUUUCCAGGGGCAUCAUUGAAGCGCGUUUUGUGUAUGUGUUUGUCCUCGGCAUUCUGUUCACGGGCAUCAAAGACAUGCUUAAGUCUCAAGUCCUCGCUGCAGGCAUCCCAGUCAAGACUGUAGGUCUAUGGGACGUGUACAGUGGACUGGUGCUCCUGACAGCCUUGCUCUUCAGACCACAUAACCUUCCCGUCCUGGUGUGCAGCCUCUUGAUCCAGACCGUGAUGACCAAGUUCAUCUGGAGGCCCCUGAGGCACGGGGCCGCUGAGGUCACCGUCAUGCACUAUUGGUUUGGUCAAGCGUUCUUCUAUUUCCAGGGAAACUCCAACAACAUCGCCACGGUGGACAUCUCGGCGGGCUUCGUGGGCCUGAACACCUACGUGGAGGUCCCAGCCAUGUUCCUGACGGCAUUUGCGACGUAUGCGGGGCCCGUGCUGUGGGCCAGCCACUUGGUGAACUUCCUGAGUUGGGAGCCCAACAGCGGUCCGGCGCUGAGGCGCGCCUGCUUCUGCUACGCGCUGCUCAGCUCCGUGCCCGUGUCUGCCUACGUCGUCCUGGUGACGGCCCUGCGCUACCACCUGUUCAUAUGGAGCGUGUUUUCCCCGAAGCUCCUCUACGUGGGCAUGCACCUGCUCGUCACCGCCGCCCUCUGCCUGGGCUUCACCGCCGUGGACCGGGCCGGCGCCAAGGCAGACGCUGGGAAAGUAGCGCAUUGUUAAAGCCUACUGUUUACUUCGUGGGUUUGAUUCAUAAAAGUAGGUGUAAGUUUAAGCAAGAUUAUUCUAAAAAGAAGAGGUGAGUCCUACAGUGUGGGUGAGUAGCUCCAAUUGCUUGGACGACUAUGCUUGACGUUGAAUUCAGUAGUAAGUGGCUAAUAAAAGGUCACUUUAAAAUACUUAGUUUGAAUAUGAAUCCUAUUCCCCUGUGGACAAUCACUACAGAAACUGCUGGACUUGUAAUUGCCUCUGGAUGAGUCAGGCUGUGACCGCCCUGUGUGUUUACAUGGUGCAUACAGAGGUGCGAGGGUGUCCGUGUGCGACCUUCAGAGACUCGGCCCUCUCGACCCUAGGGCCCCGGACCUCGGCUUCAUGGUCACAGCUGUCAGCACUGAUGGCAUUGAAAAUUAAAACAGACAUUUCAAACAAUUUAUUCAUUUAAAAAUAAAGAUAUAAACUUCAAUAUAUUUUUAAG